AUGGUGAUAAUGCCCUUUUGGAUAUUUCAUUUCUGGAUUAUUCUAUUGGCUAUCAGAGAAAUAUCUGGUUGCGACAAUGAAAGAUACUUCGUUCGGAUUUUUAACGUGGAUGAUUAUUCGUAUGCAUUCAUCAACCAGCACUACGUUGCACGUCAAUCUGGUGGGGGAGAUUCUGGUUUUAUCGAUGUUACCGCUUACAUUCAAAGUGGCAUAAAUAAUUUUACUUUUCUAACAUAUAAUAUUGGUGGCCCAUAUUGUUGGGGAUUCGAAAUCAUGAAGAAUAGUAGCAUUAUAUUUGUAGAUGUAGCAGGAAUCGUUGGAUCAGUUAGUGCAAGCAGCACACCGAUGUUAAAUCAGUUCGUCUACAACAGAACGAUUUUUGUAAAUGUUACUAAAUGUCAAGUUGUGAGCACAACGCCAACUACAGGCUGUAACAGUCACAAAUCCUAUAUUCGGAUUUUUAAUGUGGACGAUUAUGCUUACGUAUUUAUCAAUCAGCACUAUGUUGCAACUCAAUCUAUCGGUACAGAUUCUGGUUUCAUUGAUGUUACUGUUUAUCUCCAAAAUGGUUUGAAUGAUUUUACUUUUUUGACUUAUAAUGAUGGUGGAGGGUACAACUGGGGUUUCCAAAUCAUGCAGAAUGAUGAUAUAGUUAUCGACGACACAGCAGGAUUCGCGGAAUUAGUCGGCGCAGAUAACAAUAAUCAAUCAAGAACAUUCCAGUUUGUUCAUAAUAAAACUGUCUCUAUUAAUAUCACUAGAUGUGCCACUCUAACGACAACUUCCAGCACCGGUUGUGUUGAUAGCACAUGCUCCAUUCGUAUAUAUAAUGUAGAUGAUUGGUCCUUUGCAUUUGUCAAUCAGCACUAUAUCAAUUAUCAGUGGCGUUCAGCAGAUUCAGCCUUCAUUGAUGUUGCUCCCUAUACUCAGAAUGGUCUAAAUAGUUUUACAUUCUUAACAUAUAGCGGUGGAAAUCCAUAUAAUUGGGGUUUUCAAAUCAUGAAAAAUGGCAAUAUUGAUUUCGAAGAUACGGGAGGACUUUUAGGAGCAAUCAGCGCAAACAACAUGCAAAAUUCAACUCAAAAUCAAUUUGUUUACAAUAAAACAAUUUUUGUCAAUCUCACUAAAUGUCCACUUGUGACGGCAAUAUCGAGUUGUACUAGCAACAACGACAGAUAUUCAAUUCGUUUAUACAAUACAGAUGAUACAUCCUAUGCAUUUAUCAACCAACAAUUCAUUAUUUCUCAAUCCUACUUCACAGAUUCUGGCUUCGUUGAUGUUACUUCUUAUGUUCAAAAUAGUACAAAUAAUUUUACCUUCUUAACAUAUAACAGCCUUUCAAUCUACGCUUGGGGUUUCCAAAUCAUGAAAAAUAAUGAUAUUAUUUUUGAUGACAUAGGAGGAUUACUACCAAUAUUCGGUGCAGAUGGUGGUAACACAGGAAGAACAAAUCAAUUCGUUUAUAAUAAAACAGUAUUCAUCAAUAUUAGUAAAUGCGAAAAUAUGACUUCUGCAUUUCGCACAAAUUGUUUUUCACCAAAUAUCACCUUGAUUCCCGCUACAUCAACAUUAUCGUCUCCGGUACAAUUUCAGCGAAGUCAAGACUUCUCUAUUAGUUCGUAUAUUCAAUUGAAGUGUAACGUUUCACUUGCGACAAUUAUGAAAUGGACAAUCAAAAAUUGUACUCAGACGAACUGCUCUUCACAAAUCCGAAUAGAUCCGUCCGUAAAAACAACUUUCAGUGAACUAUAUAUUCCAGCAAGAACAUUACCGUAUGGCACAUAUGAAUUCAUAUUGAAUGUCACAAUGGCUGUAUCAUCUGCUUUAACAUCAUCAACAUCUGCAUUUGUAACAAUUGUCUCAUCGAAUAUUGCGGCAGAUCUUGUUCAAUUUGGCACAUCGAUGAUCACAAUUGGGCGUCAACAAAAUCUGACACUUGAUCCAGGCUCAUAUUCUGUCGAUCCGGAUGAACUCAUUUUCAAUCGAAGUAAAUGGACAUACGAUUAUUAUUGCCGUGUGUAUGGUGCUCAUGUCUUUCCUAGUGUGAAUGGAUCUUUGUUGACAAUUGAUGAUCCGCUGAACCCAUCGUGUAUAUCAAACCGAAAUCAAAUUCAAUUUUCAACAUCCUCAUUGAAAUCUUCACUGACAAUAUUAGCUGGAACAUUGUUAAUCAACGAAACAUAUCAAUUCAUGGUUCGAAUGACAAGUCGUGAUAACUCUUCUGUACAAAUAUUUGGUUAUUUACUUGUUCAAGUUAAUCGAAUAAAUCCACCAAUGAUUGUCAUUUCUUGUGUUAUAUCAACAAUGUGUGUUCCGAAUUUGGAAUUUCAACUUCUGAAUCCAACAACACAAGUUGAACUCUUUUCACUUUGUAUUGGCGAUUGUACAUCGAUCGAGAACAUCACAUGGAAUAUCUAUUACGGUUAUAAGAACGGUUCAUUGAAUAGUAUUGAAUGGUUUCAAUUGAAUCACAAUAGUUUGAGUUUCGGUUCAAAUACAACAAAUUUCACUGCACUUGAUCAGUUAUUUGUUGACAAUCCACAAAUCAGUUAUUGGACAUUCGAAGCCGUUUACUCAUUCCCAACAACAAUCAGUAGAAGUGCAUUGAAUUUUAUAGUAAAUGAACCACCUGUGAACGGCUCAUGUUCAAUAAGUCCACAGAAUGGUACAACAAGUUGCGACAAUGAUAGAUACUUCGUUCGGAUUUUUAACGUGGAUGACUAUUCGUACGCAUUCAUCAACCAGCACUACGUUGCAUGUCAAUCUCGUGGGGGAGAUUCUGGUUUUAUCGAUGUUACCGCUUACAUUCAAAGUGGCAUCAAUAAUUUUACUUUCCUGACAUAUAAUACUGUUGGCCCAUAUUGUUGGGGAUUCGAAAUCAUGAAGAAUAGUAGCAUUAUAUUUGUAGAUGAAGCAGGAAUCGUUGGAUCAGUUAGCGCAAACAGCACACCGAUGUUAAAUCAGUUCGUCUACAAUAGAACGAUUUUCGUAAAUGUUACUAAAUGUCAAGUUGUGAGCACAACGCCAACUACAGGCUGUAACAGUCACAAAUCCUAUAUUCGGAUUUUUAAUGUGGACGAUUAUGCUUACGUAUUUAUCAAUCAACACUAUGUUGCAACUCAAUCUCUCGGUACAGAUUCUGGUUUCCUUGAUGUUACUGUUUAUCUCCAAAAUGGUUUGAAUGAUUUUACUUUUUUGACUUAUAAUGGUGGUGGAACGUACAGCUGGGGUUUCCAAAUCAUGCAGAAUGAUGACAUAGUUUUCGAUGACACAGCAGGAUUUGUAGGAUCAGUCGGCGCAGAUAACAAUAAUCAAUCAAGAACAAAUCAGUUUGUUUACAAUAAAACUGUCUCUAUUAAUAUCACUAGAUGUGCCACUCUAACAAUAACUUCCAGCACCGGUUGUGUUGAUAGCACAUGCUCCAUUCGUAUGUAUAACGUAGACGAUUGGUCCUUUGCAUUUGUCAAUCAGCACUAUAUCAAUUAUCAGCGGCUUUCAACAGAUUCAGGUUUCAUUGACAUUGCUCCCUAUACUCAGAAUGGUCUAAAUAGUUUUACAUUCUUAACAUAUAACGGUAUAAAUCGAUAUAUGUGGGGUUUUCAAAUCAUGAAAGAUGGUAAUAUUGAUUUCGAAGAUAUGGGAGGAUUUUCAGGAGCGAUCAGCGCAAACAACAUGCAAAAUUCAAUUCAAAAUCAAUUUGUUUACAAUAAAACAAUCUUUGUCAAUCUCACUAAAUGUCCACUUGUGACGGCAAUAUCAAAUGAUACAUCCUAUGCAUUUAUUAACCAACAAUUCAUUAUUUCUCAAUCCUACUUCACAGAUUCUGGCUUCAUUAAUGUUACUUCUUAUGUUCAAAAUGGUACAAAUAAUUUUACCUUCUUAACUUAUAACAGCGGUUCAAACUACACUUGGGGUUUCCAAAUCAUGAAAAAUAAUGAUAUUAUUUUUGAUGAUAUAGGAGGAUUACUACCCAUAUUCGGUGCAGAUGGUGGUAACACAGGAAGAGCAAAUCAAUUCGUUUAUAAUAAAACAGUAUUCAUCAAUAUUGGUAAAUGCGAAAAUAUGACUUCUGCAUUUCGCACAGAUUGUUUUUCACCAAAUAUCACCUUGAUUCCCGCUACAUCAGCAUUAUCGUCCCCGGUACAAUUUCAGCGAAGUCAAGACUUCUCUAUUAGUUCGUAUAUUCAAUUGAAGUGUAACAUUUCACUUGCGACAAUUAUGAAAUGGACAAUCAAAAAUUGUACUCAGACGAACUGCUCUUCUCAAAUCCGAAUAGAUCCGUCGGUAAAAACAACUUUCAAUGAACUAUAUAUUCCAGCACGAACAUUACCGUAUGGCACAUAUGAAUUCAUAUUGAAUGUCACAAUGGUCGCAUCACCUGCGUUAACAUCAUCAACAUCUGCAUUUGUAACAAUUGUCUCAUCGAAUAUUGCGACAAAUCUUGUUCAAUGUGGCACAUCGAUGAUCACAAGUGGGCGUCAACAAAAUCUGACACUUGACCCAGGCUCAUAUUCUGUCGAUCCGGAUGAACUCAUUUUCAAUCGAAGUAAAUGGACAUAUGAUUAUUAUUGUCGUGUGUAUGGUGUUCAAUCCUUUCCUAGUAUGAAUGGAUCUUUGUUGACAAUUGAUGAUCCGAUGAAUCCAUCGUGUAUAUCAAAUCGAAAUCAAAUUCAAUUUCCAUCAUCGUCUUUGAAAUCUUCGCUGAUAAUAUCUGCUGGAACUUUGGUAAUCAAUGAAACAUAUCAAUUCAUGGUUCGAAUGACAAAUCGUGAGAACGCUUCUGUUCAAACCUUUGGUUAUUUACUUGUUCAAGUUGAUCGAAUAAAUUCACCAAUGAUUGUCAUUUCUUGUGUUAUUUCAACGAUGUGUGUUCCAAAUUUAGAAUUUCAACUUCUGAAUCCGACGACACAAGUUGAACUCUUUUCACUUUGUGUUGGCGAUUGUACAUCGAUUGAGAACAUCACAUGGAAUAUCUAUUACGGUUAUAAGAACGGAUCAUUGAAUAGUGUUGAAUGGUUUCAAUUGAAUCACAAUAGUUUGAGUUUCGGUUCAAAUACAACAAAUUUCACUGCACUUGAUCAGUUAUUUGUUGACAAUCCACAAAUCAGUUAUUGGAAAUUCGAAGCCGUUUACUCAUUCCCAACAACAAUCAGUAGAAGUGCAUUGAAUUUUAUAGUAAAUGAACCACCUGUGAACGGCUCAUGUUCAAUAAGUCCACAGAAUGGUACAACAAGUACUGUGUUUCACAUAUCGUGUUCAGAUUGGCUUGAUGACGAUGGAAUCAAAGAUUAUUCAGUAUAUAGUCGACAAAGUGAUCGUUCAAGUUUGCUGAUGAUUGCAUUUUCAUCAGUAUCAAAUAUUGACAUGCGAUUACCAUCUGGUGAAAAUACGAACACAUCAUUAGUUCAUUUGGUUGUUCACAUUCGAGAUAAAUUUGAUUGUGUUACAAAGUAUAACUUGUCUUCAGUUGUUGUUCGAAUUGAUACAACAGAUAUAAAUAAACUCAGUGAUCCGAUUAUUCAAUUACUUGCAAGUGGAAAUCCAAAUGUUGUUGGACAAAUUCUGAUUUCGCUUUCACAAAUUUUUAAUGAGAUGAGUAAGGAAAGUGUUGAAAAUGCUGUUUCAGGCGGUGUUUCUGUGGUGCAUAUUUCGAUAUCAUCUUUAGAAAGUGAAAUUUUACAAUCAAACUCUGUUCCAUUCAAUGAAUCAGCCUUGAUUGACUUCAAAAAUCAACUGAAUAUUCGAGCAAAUCUUCGAGAAUAUCUUAUUUCAUUUACAAGAAAUUUGCUUAUCACAACUUCCGAUAGUGUCAAACUACAAAGCUCCAUGUUGGCACAAUUGACUCGAGCAACAAACGAACUAACACGAUCAACUGCAAUGAUUGCAUCGAAUAAAUGCUAUCACUUAGCUGAAACUUUACACUCCAUGACACGUCGUAUUCCUUACGAAGAUGUCCAAUUUGCAGCAAGUCAAAUAACUGAAUGUGCUGCUAAUGUAAUGACUGCGAUGAAUGGCCCAUUGCAACAACGAACAUUUGUUCUUGAUUCUGAUUUCUCUCAGGCAAAUAGUUUUCCUUCUGAUUAUGAUACUGAUCUGGAAUCCGUAUGGUCUAAUCCAAACAUGUUUGCUGAUGGAAAUGACUUUUCAUCGCAAACAAUUGACAAUAAUCGGAAUAUUUAUUAUCAAAAACAAACAGCCACUGAGAUUGCAGAACAAGUUCGUGAAACGAUUUCGUUGAUAAGUUAUGCAUUGAAUCUUCAUAUGAACAUUGGACAAAAUCUGACAAUGACUUCUCCAUCAGUAUUUAUGCUGUUAGAAACACUAUCAUCAAAUUCACUUUCAAAUAAACUCAUUUCACAAAUUGAAAAUGUCCAAAUUCAAAUGCCACUCACUUUUAAUUCAACUCUAAAUAAUAAUCAGAUCAUUUCACUUCGAGUUCGUUUCCUUCUCUUAGAAAUAUUUAUUUCGAACUUCAAUUNUCAUAUGAACAUUGGACAAAAUCUGACAAUGACUUCUCCAUCAGUAUUUAUGCUGUUAGAAACACUAUCAUCAAAUUCACUUUCAAAUAAACUCAUUUCACAAAUUGAAAAUGUCCAAAUUCAAAUGCCACUCACUUUUAAUUCAACUCUAAAUAAUAAUCAGAUCAUUUCACUUCGAUCUUUGGUUCAACCCCUGGCAUCAGCUGAUCAAUCAAACAGUCAAUCAUAUACAAAUUUAUCACGAUCGAUAUCAUUAACAUUUAUGAACCAGACUGGACAUGAAAUUUCGAUUGAGUCAACAUUUGAUGAUCCAAUCGAAUUGAUUAUUCCACGAGAUCCAAACCUCAUUAUUCCAUCAAUGAGCUUCCAAGAUGUUCUCUCAGCGAAUUCCACACCACAUAACCAAUUAUUUUAUUUACAGUAUCUCAACAUUACAAGUUCUCUUGCAAUUUCAUUACAUUUUGAAGUUCAUCCUUUAAACCACACUGUUGGAUACUUGUUCGUUUAUAAAUUCGAUCAGGUUCCUCAAUUAAAUAGUUCGAUCAAUGACAUUGAUGGUUGGUCUUUAUUUUGUCCAUCAAACAUGACGAAUGAUAGUAUCUAUAAAGAUUGGAUUGACAACCAAAAAACAGUUGGACAUCGAUCGAUCAUUUUUGGUUUGAGACAAUUGAACUCAACUGAAAUGAUUGAUGUUUGUACAAAUUCUUCGAUGACAAAUCCACCAAUUGCAAAUCAGAGAUAUGAAUUUACGUCAAAUUAUGAAUUGAGAGUUUACACAUCAGGCUGCUAUUAUCUAGAUGCGAACAAUCAGUGGCAAUCGAAUGGAUUAUUAGUCGGAUCUUUGACAAAUCAUUAUCAAACGCAAUGUUUAUCCAAUCAUUUAACAACAUUUGCAAAUGGUUUCAUUGUUUUACCAUCACCAAUCAACUGGAAUUACGUGUUUACACAUGCUGAUUUUGUGCGAAAUAAAACGAUUUAUUUGACUUUAAUUUGUGUAUGUAUAACAUAUAUUCUGUUAGUUAUCUACGCACAUCAUACGGACAAAAAAGAUGUGGAAAAAUUAUGUAUGAGACCACUGGUUGAUAAUUAUCGGUUCGAUGAAUAUUUGUAUCAAAUUCUUGUUUUUACUGGUCAUCGAACGAAUGCUGGAACGAAAUCGAAAGUUUAUUUUAUUAUUUCAGGUGACGAUGAUGAUACACCAGUUCGAACAUUUUCGAAUCAAAAUCAACAGAUUUUUCAACGUGGUGGAAUCGACGCUUUUCUCAUGGCUGUUCCAAAGUCAUUGGGAGUAUUGAAUUAUGUUCGUAUUUGGCAUGACAAUUCAGGCGGAAGUGAAUCGGCGUCAUGGUUUUUGAAACAUAUCAUUGUUCGAGAUCUUCAAACAAUGGAAACGUCUCAUUUCAUCUGCCAGAGAUGGUUGGCGGUUGAGAAAGAUGAUGGAAAAAUCGAGCGGAUUUUAUUUGCGGCAAGUGACGCCGAAAAACGAGAAUUUUCAUAUGUUUUAUCAAAACAAGCUUAUGAAAAGUUCUCCAAUGGUCAUUUAUGGUUUUCGAUAUUUUUCCGUUCACCAUCAAAUCAAUUUACACGUGUACAACGAUGUACAUGCUGUUUUGUUCUGUUAUUGAUUUCAAUGUUUUUGAACAUCAUGUAUUAUGAUUUAUCAAAUGAUACGAGUAAUGCAACUGGUUUAUCAAUCGGUGUUCUUCGAAUCAAUUCUCAGCAGAUUGGGAUUGGUGUGAUGACGGAAUUUCUUGCGUUGCUACCAAGUCUUCUAGUUGUUCAGUUAUUUCAACGUUUGAGAUCUCGUGGGGAGACAAGCAAACGAUCGAAAUUGACGUUGCCAUGGUGGUGGAUAUUCAUUGCUUAUGGCGUUUGUUUCUUGCUGGUUAGUGUUUCGAUAUUCUUUACCAUUGCUCGUGGUAUUGAAUUUGGCGAUUUGAAAGCACAAAAAUGGUUAACAUCAAUCCUAACUGGAUUCUUCUCAUCAGUCCUUUUGACUCAACCAAUGAAAGUAUUGUGUUUGGCAAUUUUCUUUACUUGCAUCAUUCGGAAUAGGAACACAGAUGAAGAAACAACUGAACACCUGGGAGUAAAUGCGUUUCAAUUAAUGGAUGACGGCGAAUACAGUGAUAUCAACAAGGACAGAUCAACGCCUACUUAUCGAUCUCCAAACCAUUUUGAUCGAUUAAAUGAAAAUUAUGUCGAAUGGGCGCGUUUGCAGCGAACGAAAGAGAUCUAUAUGUGGUCCAUCAUCCGUGAAGCUCUCGCUUCGAUUGGCUUUCUUGUCAUUCUCUGCUUUGUCACAUAUUCCAAUCGCGAUUCAAAUUCAUUCUUUCAAGUUGAUCAUUUACAGAAAUUCUUUUUGAAUUCAAGACAAGUAGACAACGCUUAUACACAGAUCACAACAAUCGAACAGUAUUGGUCAUGGCUGGAAUCUAGUUUUGUCUUGAAUCUUCGUGCGCAACAUUGGUAUAACGAUGAUCAACCGUAUUUUCUCAAUGGUUUUAUAAACGACAAAUCGAAUCGAUUGAUUGGGUGGGCAAUAAUGAGACAAUUACGAGUGAAAUCGAAUUUGUGNGAAAAUGUCCAAAUUCAAAUGCCACUCACUUUCAAUUCAACUCUAAACGAUAAUCAAAUCAUUUCACUUCGAUCUUUCGUUCAACCCCUGGCAUCAGCUGAUCAAUCAAACAGUCAAUCAUAUAUAAAUUUAUCACGAUCGGUAUCGUUAACAUUUGUGAACCAGACUGGACAUGAAAUUUCGAUUGAGACAACAUUUGACGAUCCAAUCGAAUUGAUUAUUCCACGAGAUCCAAACCUUAUCAUUCCCCCAAUGAGCUUGCAAGAUGUUCUCUCAUCGAAUUCCACGCCACAUAACCAGUUAUUUUAUUUGCAGUAUCUCGACAUUACAAGUUCUCUUGCACUUUCAUUACAUUUUGAAGUUCAUCCUUUAAAUCACACUGUUGGAUACUUGUUCAUUUAUAAAUUCGAUCGGAUUCCUCAAUUAAAUAGUUCGAUCAAUGACAUUGAUGGUUGGUCUUUAUUUUGUCCAUCAAACAUGACGAAUGAUAGUAUCUAUAAAUACUGGAUUGACAAUCAAAAAACAGUUGGGCAUCGAUCAAUCAUUUUUGGUUUGAGACAAUUGAACUCAACUGAAAUUACUAGUAGCUGUACGAAUUCUUCGAUGGCAAAUCCACCAAUUGCAAAUCAGAGAUAUGAAUUUACAUCAAACUAUGAAUUGAGAGUUUACACAUCAGGCUGCUAUUAUCUAGAUGCGAACAAUCAGUGGCAAUCGAAUGGAUUAUUAGUCGGAUCAUUGACAAAUCAUUAUCAAACGCAAUGUUUAUCCAAUCAUUUAACAACAUUUGCAAACGGUUUCAUUGUUUUACCAUCACCAAUCAACUGGGAUUACGUGUUUACACAUGCUGAUUUUCUGCGAAAUAAAACGAUUUAUUUGACUGUAAUUUGUGUAUGUAUAACAUACAUUCUGUUGGUUGUCUACGCGCGUCAUAAGGACAAAAAAGAUGUGGAAAAACUGUGUAUGAGGCCACUGGUUGAUAAUCAUCGGUUCGAUGAAUAUUUAUAUCAAAUUCUUGUUUUUACUGGUCAUCGAACGAAUGCUGGAACAAAAUCGAAAGUUCAUUUUAUUAUUUCAGGUGACAAUGAUGAUACACCGGUUCGAACAUUUUCGAAUCAAAAUCAACAGAUUUUUCAACGUGGUGGAAUCGACGCUUUUCUCAUGGCUGUUCCAAAGUCAUUGGGAGUGUUGAAUUAUGUUCGUAUUUGGCAUGACAAUUCAGGCGGAAGCGGAUCGGCGUCAUGGUUUUUGAAACAUAUCAUUGUUCGAGAUCUUCAAACAAUGGAAACGUCUCAUUUCAUCUGCCAGAGAUGGUUGGCGGUUGAGAAAGAUGACGGAAAAAUCGAGCGGAUUUUACUUGCGGCAAGUAAUGCCGAACAACGAGAAUUUUCAUAUGUUUUAUCAAAACAAGCUUAUGAGAAGUUCUCCAAUGGCCAUUUAUGGUUCUCGAUAUUUUUCCGUUCACCAUCAAAUCAAUUUACACGUGUACAACGAUGUACAUGUUGUUUUGUUCUGUUAUUGAUUUCGAUGUUUUUGAACAUCAUGUAUUAUGAUUUAUCAAAUGACACGAGUAAUGGAACUGAUUUAUCCAUCGGUGUUCUUCGGAUCAAUUCUCAGCAGAUUGUGAUUGGUGUGGUGACGGAACUUCUUGCGUUGCUACCAAGUCUUCUAGUUGUUCAGUUAUUUCAACGUUUGAGAUCUCGUGGGGAGACAAACAAACGAUCGAAAUUGACGUUGCCAUGGUGGUGGAUAUUCAUUGCUUAUGGCGUUUGUUUCUUACUGGUUAGUGUCUCGAUAUUCUUUAUCAUUGCUCGUGGUAUUGAAUUUGGCGAUUUGAAAGCACAAAAAUGGUUAACAUCAAUCCUGACUGGAUUCUUCUCAUCGGUCCUUUUGACUCAACCAAUGAAAGUAUUGUGUUUGGCAAUUUUCUUUACUUGCAUCAUUCGGAAAAGAAACACAGAUGAAGAAGCAACUGAACACCUGGGAGUAGAUGCGUUUCAAUUAAUGAAUGACGGCGAAUACAGUGAUAUCAACAAGGACAGACCAACGCCUACUUAUCGAUCUCCAAACCAUUUUGAUCGAUUAAAUGAAAAUUAUGUCGAAUGGGCGCGUUUGCAGCGAACGAAAGAGAUCUAUAUGUGGUCCAUCAUCCGUGAAGUUCUCGCUUCGAUUGGCUUUCUUGUCAUUCUCUGCUUUGUCACAUAUUCCAAUCACGAUCAAAAUUCAUUCUUUCAAGUUGAUCAUUUGCAGAAAUUCUUUUUGAAUUCAAGACAAGUAGACAACGCUUAUACACAGAUCACAACAAUCGAACAGUAUUGGUCAUGGCUGGAAUCUAGUUUUGUCUUGAAUCUUCGUGCGCAACAUUGGUAUAACGAUGAUCAACCGUAUUUUCUCAAUGGUUUUAUAAACGACAAAUCGAAUCGAUUAAUUGGGUGGGCAAUAAUGAGACAAUUACGAGUGAAAUCGAAUUUGUGUUCAAACCAAAAAAUCAUCGAUGUUUGUGCGUAUGAUUACAACUUCUGGAACGAAGAAAAACGCUCAUUUGGAGUAGAAUGGAAGAAUGAAACAAACGGAAGAUCGAAUUCUUCAAUAGAUCGAGCAUUUCAAUAUCAAUCAGGUGAAGAAUACGGGUAUGUUUAUGAAUUUCAUGGUCGUUUAUCCGAUAUGCAGAGUAAUCUGUCAAAACUGCAUGAAUUCGAAUGGAUUGAUAAUCGAACACGAAUAAUCAUCAUUCAAAUGAGCUUAUACAAUCCAAACAAUCAACUAUUCACCUCAGUUACUCUUCGCACGGAAUUUUUAUCAACUGGUACAAUUGUUCCUCAAGCUCGCUUUGAACCAUUCAACUUCAAUUUAGCUUUUGCCUCGGCUUCUCAAUUAGUUUGUGUCAUUCUUUAUGUCAUAUUUAUUGUUUACUUCACGUUCAAUGAAACGAAAUCGUUGAUUCGAAAGAAGCUUGCAUAUUUCAGACAGUUUUGGUGUUAUAUUGACGUCGGCAUCAUUGUUUGUUCAUGGACAAGUGUGGGAAUUUAUGUGUGGAGAUAUAAAGAAGCGACACGCAUUGGUCAAUUAUUUGCAGAAACGAAUGGAUAUGUUUACAUCAAUUUUCAAUCUGCAGUUUAUGUCAAUGAUGUUUUAUCAUUUCUCUUUGGAUUUUGUUGCUUUUUUAGUACGGUGAAAUUCAUCCAGUUUUGCCGUUUCAGUCCACGAUUAUCAUUAUUUACUGAAACAGUUAAAAAUGUUUUUCGAGAACUGAUUUCAUUCAGUAUGAUGUUUUCCAUUGUAUUUCUCGGAUUUCUAUCAUUGUAUUAUUUAUUGUUUAUCUCCACAAUCUCCUCGUGUGCAAGCGUGUGGAAAACUUCACAAAUGUUAUUCGAAAUGACCUUGAUGAAAUUUGAUACGAGUGAAUUAAUGGAAGCACAUGCAGUUCUCGGCCCAUUGUGCUUCAGUUUGUUUAUCUUUUUCGUUGUUUUCGUUUGUCUGAGCAUGUUUAUUACAAUCAUUAGUGAUGGUUUUCGUCGUGCUCAGCAGAAUCUACAGAAAGAUGAUGAGAUACUUUUAUUUAUAUGGACAAGGUUUCAACGAUGGAUUUUUUGGAGUAAAUCAUGUGAAGAACGAGAUGACGCGAUGAAAGUAGAAUAUCUUAAUUUUGCUGAUGCUUUUCCCAAGAAAGUUGACGAGCUUUUACAUGCUUUGGAUCGGGUUUACAUUGGUCAACAAACGAUGACUUUUCAAAAAUAA